UUAUCACAAAUGUGUGAUCAUCAUCCUUUCUUAGUUUCCCAAACGUGGCACCAUUUUGGCUUCGGUUUUUCAUCACUUUCAAGACAUCGCCUCAAACAACCUGUGUCUUCCAACAUCAUCGAAUCCAACUAUUAAGAAGCCCUUAUGCAACAUAACCAACUUUUCUAAACUCCAAACAACCUUAUCUCUGUAUCUAUUCCUUCUUCUUAAGCUAAAAUGGUGGUAACUAAGGCAUUGUUACCUUCUCAUCCACACCCUCUAUGUUCCCUUCCAAUUUCUCCCAAAACCAGAGGCCUCACACUCCACCAAGUAGACCCUUUGGUGAGGUUCAAGUUGGAUGAGAGAAAGCAAAGGAAACAUGUGGCUCAUGUGUCACUCCAUGACCCUUUGGUUUCUUCUUAUGCUCUUGCUGACUUCUUCAUCCACCAACACCAGCNUUAUAAGGUUCAAUUGUCACAAACUAAUUCAGAAGAGAUGAGUAAUGAUCACUCCGACAUUCUAAGUCAAGCUUUAUGUCUCCCAGAGUAUCCAAGUCGUGUUAGGGGAAUGAGAUUUGGAGUCGGUCAUAGAGAUUAUUUCCCAUCCAAAAAGCGUCAUAUGCACCAUGAGCAUGAUAAAUUAACUGCUCAAGUAAAAGACAUGUUGGAAAGAAUGACACAAAUGGAAAAUGAUAUGAUUUCGCAUCGAAAAUUGGCACACCAAAUACUACUGAAGAAGCUAACAUUAAUAGUGGCCAAGGGAGUUGCACAUUGUCAUCAAAUAGUUUUCCCGAGACCUCUACCUAAGGGACAUGUCAAAGUUAGUAUAAAUAUUGCUUUGGAGCCAAAUGUAUCGUUGUCUAUACCAAUUGAUGAUGAUGACAUGAUGGCAAUAGGACAAGCAAUAGGUACAUUUGUGGCAUGGCCAAUGAAUUUCAUACAGAUUAGUGAUGAGGUCAGCCUCCAUGCCUUCAGUGACGGUGUUGGUUCAUCCACCAUACGUCUCCAAGGGAAAAUCGGCAACAAUCAUGUUUCUAUUCUCGUUGACGGUGCAAAACCCUAUAGUCUUGUAUUCUUGGCUGAUAGUGUGGGCUCUUUGGCUAGCUAUUACACUUCUUUGGGUCUUGUCAUCUCUGUGCCUGGCCUUUGGUCCCUCAUUAAACGUUCUGUCAAGUCUAAGAUUGUGCAGAAGACGUUUAUAGGUGAAGGUGAAAAGAAGGCACCGAAUCAAGUUGCUGGGGAGAUUUUAUCGUUUUUCACUCGUAACAACUUUGCAGUGACUGAUAGGGGAGAGACAAUCACAUUUGAAGGACAGAUGGUUCCAAGCAGGGGUCAAGCAGCACUACUAACCUUCUGCACUUGCAUCAGCUUGGCAAGCGUGGCCCUUGUGCUUACCAUAACCUUCCCAGAUAUUGGCAACAACUGGUUUUUGAUCACGCUCUUAAGUCCAUUGGCAGGCGUUUAUUACUGGACUCGGGCAUCCAGAAAGGAGCAGAUUAAAGUGAAAAUAAUAGUUGCAGAUGAUGGAAACUUAUCAGAGAUCAUUGCCCAAGGUGAUGAUCAACAAGUCGAGCAAAUGAGGAAGGAACUCAAAUUCAGUGAAAAAGGAAUGGUGUAUGUUAAAGGCGUUUUUGAAAGAUGACCUAUUUCUUCAGGCAGUAGAAUCAGAAUGCUAAAGAAUGUUGAGAUCAAUUUUAUUCUGUAUUUGACAAUAGCUAAUAAUCAAAAUCAUAUUAAAAUUGUUAUACAUGAUGCGAGAUUCCUGAACU